CUCUCUUUCUUUAUCCCUCUCUCUCUACCUCUCUCCCCCCUUUACAAUGUAAAAAUGUCAGAUUUUUUAAAAAUUAGCCUGUUUUCAGAUUGCACAGCCAUGGAUCAUCAUCUCUCAUAGGAUGUUCCCUUUUGAUUUUUACUGUUUGGUUCUCUUCAGCUUUGGGCAAAUUUUUCGUGAUUUUUAUUAUUAUUUUUUUAAAUCAUGAAUUUGCUGCUGGUAGCCUUGAACGCCUCGUUUCCACACAGUUCUGCGUUUGUAUACGAACCAACGGAAAGUUAGCGAAGCUCCUUGUAGCCACGUUAAAACACUCGUCGGUAGAUUACGGGCAGACCAAGAGUGAGUUAGCCAACAGCUGUUGGUGUUGAUCGUCAAAUUAGGUGUGUGCAGUUAGCAAAGAAACUGGUUUAGCUAGCUAAACUCAUGCUAACAUUCAUAUGUCGUCUAAAUAUUUAACUAAACUGGUUCCACAUGUGGCAGGAAAACCUCCUCACUUAUUUCUCUUCAUGUGUUGUUGAUCCUGUUUUAGUUCACGUACUUAUUCCCUAAAACCCGACAGUAAAAACGAAUUAGCCUCCAAUUAAUCAAAUACCUUUCCCUGCGUUGAACACCAGGGAGCGCUGUCUGAAGAUCGUGGCUAUAAAGCAAAACUAUGUGGAAACGAGGUGAAACUGUUUAGUUCAGAUUGUCUUUGAGAUUGUUUAGUGAUUUUUUGUGAUUAGCACUUUAUCUGGUUGCCUUUUUUGUGGUGGAUUGUGAAGUGAGCCACCACCAAAAGGCCAGAAAAGGUAAAAAAAAAAAAAAAAAAAACUAAGUGACUGAGCCUUUUCUGUUUUUGUAUUGGUUAUGGUAAGUUAUGUUGAAAUGUACCCUUGUGUCUACACCCAAAUCAUGAACUUUGUUUUCUGUAUCUCAAUGUUUUUGUGUGCUUUAUAGCGAAGCAGCCGGCGCGAGUCGCUUGUUCAUAAAACAUCUAAUGAAAGUUGAGAGCACAUCCCACGGGACAACUGGCUGUGCUUGCUUACGUUUGGUUCAUGACUUAAAAAACAAGUACAGGAGUCAUUCCUGAUGAAUCUAAAGCUAUGUCGCUGCUGGCUCCAGCCAAUGCUGUGGCAGGAAUGAUGCCUGGGGGAGGCCUCCUUCCAACGCCCAAUCCUCUGGCAUCUAUGGGAGGGACGCCCUUUGGAGGUCUGGGAGCUCCCAACAUGGAGCAGAUGGCCGCCAUGGGAAUGCCAGGACCCAACAUGAACCCCCAGGCUCUUUCUGCAGAUUUCCUGAAGCUCAUGCAGUCGAUGGACCCCAAAUUGAACCCGUUAGCGGCUGGACUGAACCUGAAUCCGGGGCUGAAGACCGACGCCUCCAACAAGGAGAUCGAAGAGGCCAUGAAGAGAGUCCGAGAGGCUCAAUCUCUUAUUUCUGCAGCCAUCGAACCUGGAAAUAAGAAAGACGACAAGCGCAAACAUUCCCGCUCCCGUUCACGGUCACGACGCCGGCGCUCCAGAUCUCGCUCCAGACACAGACGUUCGAAGAGCAGAUCUCGGCGUCGCUCUCACUCGAGGAGUCGGAGGAGGUCCAAGAGCCCACGGAGGAGGAGGUCUCACUCCAGAGACAGAAGCCGUCGCAGCAGAUCCAGGGACCGCAGGAAGGAGGAGAAGUCCAAGAAACGGUCCAAGACGCCUCCUAAAAGCUACAGCAGCGCCCGGAGGUCUCGAAGCAUCAGUCGGAGGCACCGGCGGAGUCGCUCUGCUUCUCGCUCUCCCCGGAGGAGGCUGUCCAGGUCUCCGUCGCCCAGACGCCACAAGAAGGAGAAGAAGAAGGACAAGGAGCGCGAGAAGGAGCGCGAGCGAGACCGGAGGGAGGACCGCGACCGCAGCCGAGACGAGCGAGAACGUUCCACCAGCAAGAAGAAGAAGAGCAAAGACAAAGAACGUGAGCGAGAGCGGAAGUCUGACAGCGAGAAGGGGGACGUGAAGGUUAGCCAGGUGACCCGUGACUACGACGAGGAGGAGCAGGGCUACGACAGCGAGAAGGAAGGCGAGGAGGACGACGACGAGAGGAAGAGCGACUCGGACUCGGCGUCGUCUCCCAAAGGCCAGGAGGACCUGGAGCGAGCCGAGGUCCAGAACCCCAAAAAGUCCAAACUGAACGGAGACGACCACCAUCAGGAAGACAUGGAGAUGAGCGACUGAGUUUCCCCCCACUGUCCUUUUUAUAUUUUUAAUAUCGGCCACAACGUGUCUGUGCCUGAUCACGCAGCAGGUCUUUGUCUUAACUGUAGAAGGAUGUAGGAGGAACACUUUUGUAAAGACACGAACAUGAAUAACCUGGUUUUAAACGGUCAUCGCUGUACUUUUUUAAGGUCUUUCUUUCUGUUGCCUUUGGUUCAGACUCGGUCUCCCUGACGGUUGAAGAGUUUCUGUGGUCAGGACUCUCUCCUCACGCUGCACCGGGUUCACUCUGAGUUCUGCUUUAACUGUGACGCACCCAGUCGUGUUUCAUCCGCCGACCUUCCUCUUUCCAAACCUUUCUAAGUGUAAAUUGUAGAUUGAAAUGUGUCGUUGCAAUGAAUACGUUGUCUGCAAUAGGUUUUCCAAAGGAAACAAAUAAAAUUGGGUUAAAAUGUC